CCGACAGCCUAACCGCGUGGUUGUGCAUAAUGCGUGCGCGGUGAAAAAACAAUCGCGAUGCUGUUUGAGAGUCCCAACGCGAAACUGUUCCCGACUUUCAACAUCCCGCCGCCCGUCAGGCUCAGUGGGGCGCUUGGCGGCGUGGAGGUCUUGGAAGGCGGGCUGGUGGGUGGCGAGCUGACGGCGCACGUACUUACGGCCCAGGCGGCUGCACAUGCGGCAGCUACGGCCGCUGCAGCCGCCCAUCAACAGCAGCAGAUGGCAGUUCAACAAAUAAAUUACCACCCCACAGAGGCAUCCCCAUCGUCGGGCCGAACAACCCCGGUCACCAGUAUACCGAACACCACCACAUCGGGAACCACCUCCCCGUCACCGUCGAAGCUGUUCGUGGGAGGCCUCAGUUGGCAGACCAGCUCGGAGAAGCUUAGGGAGUACUUUGCGAUGUUUGGUCCAGUCACCGAUGUGCUGAUCAUGAAGGAUCCGGUGACUCAGCGCUCGCGCGGCUUCGGCUUCAUCACUUUCCAGGAAGCCGCCUCCGUGGACAAGGUGCUGGCCGUGCCGGUCCACACGCUCGACGGCAAACGCAUCGACCCGAAGCACGCGACCCCCAAGUCGGCGCCGCGCCCCGCCAAAACCAAGAAGAUAUUCGUCGGAGGCGUCGGACAAGACACGUCGGCCGAUGAGGUCCGCGCGUACUUCUCCCAAUUCGGCCUCGUAGAGGACGCCGUCAUGCUGAUGGACCAGCAGACGAAACGCCACCGCGGAUUCGGGUUCGUCACUUUCCACACAGAGGAGGCCGUCGAGAGAGUGUGCGAUAUACACUUUCACACCAUUAAGAAUAAGAAGGUGGAGUGCAAACGCGCUCAACCCAAAGAGGCCGUCGCCGCCGCUCCUCUGGCGCUCGGGAAACGAUUAGUGCUUCGCCCCGGCCGAGGGCUGGUAUACGCCACGGCUGGAGGCGUCGGUGCCGUGCCCACGGUGGGCGCGGCUCACGCCUACAGAUACGCGCCGUACGCGCUGCCGGCCGCCGGCGCGGCCACCGCGGCGCUGGUGGCGCCCCCCGCCCCGGCGCCGGCGCCGACUCUACCACAGUUCGGCGCCACGUACUCUCUUGCCGGCGUGGACAUGUCCUCCUUCCAGGGAGUCGACUGGGGAGCCAUGUACAGCCUCCCGAUGUACAUCUAAGUACGGUAAAGACUCGACCCCCCACCCCCACCAGAAGUCGCGAUCCGCCGGCAACUCUUCGUUUUACGAUAGUUCCUAUGUACUUUUUUUUUUAAUUUUUAUAAUUUAAGGGCUCGUCUUGCCGCGUUCUCGAGUGGCCACAGAGGGAACGAUCAGUAUUCUUAUUAGAUUUAAGUAUUUCGACUCACUCGAAGCAAUACGUGCCCGUCGGGCGUCAAAGAGAAGCAUUUUGUUUAUGUUAUAAAUUUUAAGACGUGGAUCUCAAGUAAUUUAGUUUCGUCGUGAGAACUUUCUUGUCUGGAUUUUUUUUAGAAGUAGAUAGUGCACGUUCGGUGGCAAUAUAUAAGUAUUAUUUCUACGAGUGUAUAUGAUUAUAUGUGACCUGUAUUUUGUAGAUCGGGGCGGGUAGAUGCUGUAAGGAAUCUCAGUAUUGUUCGUGCCAUUAUUCGAUUUGAAUGUCGCCACUGUCGCAGCUGCACGUUAUCGGCGGGUAGUUGCGAACGUGGUGGCCGUAUUGUGCCAAAUCGCGUUCGGUUAGUUCAAAAAUGGAAUGCUCGCUCUCGAUCGAAAUAUAAAAAAAAUUAUUAAUAAAUAAAUAACUUUCUAAAUUUGAAUCAAUUUCUGAUUUCGAAUUCGAAUAAGGUAUUAUAAAUGCUUUUAUAAAAGCAACAUUUGCAGCCAGCAUCUACCCGUUUUUUCCAGCUCAUUUUUCCCAUAUACAUAUCUAACUCGAAAAAGCAAUCUCAUAUACUAUAUGUAUGAUUUAGUAUCCUGGCUGAGUCAGUGGCUUCUGAAUUUGGCAGCUUAAUAGGUUGGUACAUUGUGUACGUUUUAUUUUGUGACGUGUAAGGGUAGCGUAAGUUAAUUUAUUUUUCAGAUUUUUUAUUUUAUUAUAUUAGAAAAAAGGUAGUUAGUCAGCUUGGGAUUCGGAGUUGUGCUGUUUGUCAAAAAGUAGGUUAGCAUUUUUAAGCUUAUUUGUUUUUAAGACCUAAUCUGGUAAAUUUCAAAUAAAAGUAAAGCUAAGUCUUAAUAAAAAGAAACUCCUCAAUAAUGAGGACAAAGUCAAAUUUGAUACAGAUGCAUUUCUCAUUAAAAAAAGUUCCAUUACUAACUGGCUGAAAAUGCUAAAACACUUUUGACAUUCCUCAUGUUCGGAUUUCAAGUAUUUUUUGCUAAACUCACCUUUUUGCUACAUUAACAUGUUCAAUUGUUUUUUUUUUCUUUGUCAGAGGUCACUGAAAGCCAAAUUAGACGUAAUUUAGUUUAGCCUUAUAAGAAUGCAAACUAACCGCGUGCCAAGAUGGCGCUAGCGUCGCCUGGUGUUGCUUGGAUCAAAAAAUAAAUACAUUAUUUUAUACGGAUUUUAUAACUUUGGUGUAAAAUUACGGUUUAUAUAAUACAUCUUUCAUUAUAUAUAGGCUUGGCGCCAUUUUUGAGGUCUCAUUGAUCGAGAUUGUAGGUUAUAUAAAAAAAUAGAUUUCGAUCGGCUUUUAAAGAAGUGACAAUAACGAUCAGUAUUAUUACAAUUAGAUCUAAAAAAAAGUAUUUUAUAUUUACGCUCGGUAAGUUUGGUUAGUAGUUUUCGAAAUUAUUAUUUAUCUUUGACUCGGUCUUGUUUUAAUGGGUGUAAUGGCCCCGGUUUAAGUUUUCUUUUGAAAAGCUGGCCAGAUGUGGUGAAUUGAAAAAUGAAUAGGCCAAGUAACCAGUCGUAUUUAUAAUUUGUCAUUUAAAUAUUUAAAUAAAGAACGGGUCUGAAAUUUAACAAAUGUCGCUAGAAAUAUAAUCUUUUUUAUUAACCGAGUCCCUUUAGUACUUAAUCGUAGUUAUAGUACCCAAAGCAAUAUUCUCAUAUUUGUGAUUGGAGAGUUAUAAAAGACAAGAGGUUGUGUUUGUGCAAUUAUAGCGUUAAGAGUCGCGUUGCGUACUUAAAACGGACAUCGGAUACUCAGAUUAUAUUAGGGGUUUUUAGUUAUACGUGGUUUUGUGGCAAGAAUCUGCAAUGAAACGUUAAAAAUAUGUAGAUCUGUGAUUUGGAUAUGAAUUACGGCGUCAACUUUGAGCACUUGAGAUAUGCAAAGGAAAAUUUGACUUUACAUUGUCGGAUAGCACAUUGUUACACAUUUGUAUUGUAUCUAUUUAUAUUCGAGUAAUAUUUUUUGCCUGUUACCGAAUUGAGUAUGUGAAAAAUUGUUUUUGUAAAACGGAAAUAUGAUUCCGGAAUCGUGCCACAAACCGCAAGUCGCCGUGAUCCAAGCAAAGCCAGGUGGCAGUAGAGUGCAUGCGGUAGCUUCGCCGGCGAUCCGAGCCGGCCCACUUCAUGUAACCUUGUGUGUGGAGAAACUUAGAAAUAUUUAUUCACUACAAACAUACAUACAAAUUGAUAUUCAACUGUAACUAUUGAUAAAUUGCCUAAUAAAUAAAAUCUUCCACUCGUAACUCGUCUACAUUGCAAUGAUAGUACGAUUUUAGUAAUCAUUUUAUUUUUUGCUUAUUUAUUUAAUGAAAACUUUAUUGGGUCUCAAAGGGUCAAUAGGUUCCCUUUAUGUUAAUAGCAUUCUGUACCAGUCAACUCUUAGAAAAUGUUUUAAUUAUAAAGAAGAUAGAUAAACAUACAUAGACAUUAUUUACACAAGUAAAAAAUCUUGAAUAAUUUAGCGGUUUGCUUUCUGAGGAGGAAAGAAUAUACUUACCUCUUAAAAUUAUGCCUGCUAGAUAUAUAUUUACAUACCUUACCACCUGGGAACAUGAGAACAGCGUUGGAGAAGUAAAUAUAACUGAGCUGAGCUAAAUUAAUUCCUUAAUUCCUUCUUUCUUCUUAAGCUGGCUUCUGGAUAUAUACUUAAAAAUAUGCAUUUCUUUAACGCGAUUAACUACUAGUUCAAAUAUUAACACUUCAUUCUAAAGCAAUUAUUUCCCAGUGAAUAAAAAGCAUAUAUUUUAAUUGCGCAAGGUACUUAAUUUUAAACAACUUUAUUAUACUUAAAUCAUGGUUCUUUGGACUUUUGUACUUUAUCAUAAUAAUAUUGACGUACAUGAAUAUUUAUAAUCUCGCAUAUUUUUUAUACUGUUGCAGGACGUCAGUAGUACUUAUCUUUAUACAUAUUUAAUAAUUUCACGCAGUAAAUAAAUUUAAAUUACACCAACACUACCAUUGCAUCUUUCUCCGCACACGAAGGCUACCGAUUGCUAAUCACAUGUACACCUACCCUGUUUAGCAGUAUUUUUAGUUAGUAAAGUAGGUUAGUACUUAGCCUAGAUCGCGCGCUCGCAUUUUCACAAGUUCAAAUUUAUCUUAGUGUCAAGUGAUUAGUAUCUUAAAAGAAAUGAGUUACUAUUCGCAUGGUUUCUAAUAUUUUAAUUUGGAUUCCUAAAAUACGUAGUGGGUUAAUACGUACUUAUUUAAUGCUUUAUAAUUUUUUAUUCAUUUAUUUUUUAUGUUUACAGAUGACUGUACAAUUCGUGGCGCUGGUGCGUAGAGUUUACUAUUCUUGCCAAUGUGUUUGCUCUCUAGUCUAAAAUAUUGUUAUAGUGAUGAGUCUGUUACUUUUGCGUAUUUUGACUAUCAAACAGACAGCUACUCACAUAUUCUCGGAACGAUUUGCUCAGUAGUUAAGAAUUUAAAACAUUAGUGAACUGUACCCUCUAGCGCCAUCUAUAGUUUCUGGUUGAAAUAAACUGGCUUUGUUAACUUUUAGCCGUAACCUUUACGUGUUAGACAUUAGGUUUGCGAGUGCGUGAAACGGGCAACACUUUUGUACAUUAAUUCCCGUCCCCAGUAUUAGAGAUGUGAUGUUUGCUCCGAGGCGACCAAAGCAGGUAAGCAUGCGUGCACACAAUAGCCGUUAUAAUCUUAUUAGAAAAUCAUUGCGUUCUUUGUCUGCCGUUAAUAUUAUUAUCGCAGUUUUGUAAGCAAGGUAUGUUAUUCCUUAAACUUAUCUAUUUUUUUAUUUAAAUAAUACAACAAAAUAUAAUGGCUUUUAUGUGGACGUAUACUAAGCUAGAUAUUGUAGAAGCAACUUAUAAAAAGUGCUCGGUCUUGCCAUAUUUAGGCAGAGUAUACCGCUAUUGGGUGCAUGUUUAAAACCACCUUGUUUGACACAUUUGCUAGGCGUUUUGGCUCCUACAAUAUCUGCCUUUUUACACGGAUUAAUAGCUAUGUUAGAUGCCAUUACACGCAAAAGUUAUGUCUGAAAGUGUUAGCAUAUAUUUUGCGUUUAAUGGAACCUUAGCAAUGCUAUAAAAUCGUGUGAGGUAACAGCUAUACCGCGGUCAAGUUUGUACUUAAUUCUCCUAAUUUAUAUUCCGUAGUUUUCUGAAACCCUGUACUACACUGGUUUGUAUUCCCGCUGCGCAAGCAGCAGUAGGCUUAGAAGUAGUAUUAGUUCGCCCGUAUUGUAUCGAGCACA